AUCACCUGCGUUUCCUUGUGUGAGCAAUAAAGAGGUUCAACUUCCUGGUUUGCUUCAUUCUAAAAGCCAAAUCUAGAGGAACGAGGACUGGAAUGAACUCUAAAACCACCAGAGCAAGAUUGUGGCCAGAUAACAGACACCAAGACUGAUGGCUUAUCAAAACCUAGUAAAAGACUGGAACAGAGGUAUCCUAGCCCUCGAGAAAGGCAACCUUGAUUCUGCCUUAAACAUCUUUCGUGGCAUCAAAAACCCUCCUUCCAAGAUAGAGUUCAACAUUGGUUGCCUCUAUCUCCAGCAAGGAGACCUGGAUCAAGCCCUGGAGGCGUUCGAUCGGACCAUUUCCAAAGACAGCUGCUUGGCUGUGGGCUUCUUCCAGAGAGGUUAUAUUCAUCUGCAGCUGGGGAGGUAUGAAGAAGCCUUGAAAGAUGGGAGGCUGGCUCUGCUGUAUCUCCGGAAUAAUUCCUGCAUUGAUUACAAGCAACUCGGUUUGGCAUUUGUGCUCUGCACCUACGAGGUUCUGUACAACAUGGCAGCCACCCACUGCUGGCUUGGAAGAUGGCAGGAAGCGCGAGAAAUUCUGGAAGAAGCAGACAGACAAAUGCCCAAGAGCCAAACUCUGAUUGCGUUGAAGCAAGUACAGGAUCAUCUCCUCCUAGAACCCCAAAGUGUCCCACCGGGGAAAAUCUUCAGGCCUCCCAUGGAGGAUGAAAAGUUGAAAGAGAAGGACUUCCUAGGUCAAUCCAAGGUCAUUUCUUCUGCUUUCAGAGAUGACCCAGGCAUUGGCACUCGCUCUCUGAAGACACAGAAGGUCUUCCAAGGAGUCCCACCCCCACCGGGAAUCACGCCUCCCAGACUUCCUCAUGAGAGCCAGGAGGUUUGGAAACCAGGAGAGAGAGCGGCGGACGGGGCAGAUUCAGAAGGCCCCGAGUCGGAAUGUCUUCUGGAGGCCCCCGAGGCUCCCCCGAAGGAGAGCUUCUGCUUAAAAGUUCAUGCCUCUUUCACUGUACAUCGAAAGGUGAGCAGUCUCCCAUCCCUGGCUGACCUCGGCACCAUUUUACAAGAAGAAUGUUGUCGACAGGCUGCAACCGUACAAGUGAGGUACAAAGCUCCAGGGAGUGCUGAUUUAAUCACAGUUAAGAGUGAUGAGGAACUGAGGAAUUUAUGGCAGAAGGUACAAGGAGCCAACCUGACCCUUUGGUGCCAGGGUGAAGAAGAAGGUGGGGAUCAGCCUGUGCUUUACCGUAUGGUGGGGCAACACGCAUACACCUCUGAGGCCCCAGAGGACUUGAACUUCAAGGAUGGUGACGUCCUGGAGAUUCUGUCUGAAGUGAACGGGGAAUGGCUGGAAGGCCGAUGCAACGGAAUUACGGGCAUCUUCCCCAAGCGCUUCGCGGAGCCGGACUGCGCCAGGCUCACCCGACUCUAGAGGCAGAGAGGAAGCCCUGUUUGCCAACACCAAGCCUCGGUUUCCCUGCGGUUGGGAUACGGUGCCAGAGUGUGGAUUUUCUGUCUUCUUGCUGCACGCGCGCUGCAUUUCAUUAUUUGCAUGGAUGUAUUCACGCCCGUCCAAACACAUCUCCCGCUUAUAAAAGGAAAUUAUAUUAUUGUCUUCGCCCCCCGGAGAAAAUUGCUGUCAAUCUCCACCAUGAGGAAUUUCUGGUCAGGAUAGAAAACUGCCAGAGCUCAUAAUUCCCAUGUUGCGGCUGCGUUCCCACAAUGUCCUCCACCCUAGUUUGCUUAAAUGUGACCUCAGUUCGUACAAUACAUUGAGUCAGACCCACCUGAGCAAAGUUACCUCUAGGGCAGCGUGUUAGCCUGUUGUGCGAAUGUAAUUGCUAGGUCUUUCACUGACCUGGGUCCAGAAGGUUGUGCGAACCCAGCCUCGGCAUUCAUGGAACUAUUUCAGAAGGUCCAGUAAUCCCACCGCUGCCCCAUACAGAAUCCAAAAGUAAAUAAGAAUACAAGCAACGUCUAGAAAUCCCUUGGUGUGGGAGUUGAGGCGGGCCAAACCCAGGAUCUUUCCAACAGUCUUAUCAAAAUAAAUAACCCGCCUUGUAACCCAGUUCUGAAGAUUGGCAAUUGAGGCUGCAGGACAAUUUCAGGCAAAGGUAGAAUUCAAACCAGAGCCACCCCGGUCCAUGCUAAGGGACCCUCAUGUUCCUUUCUAGAUGUGUUUUCUGAAAAUUAAUUAUUUUCCUUUGGCAAGGAGACAUUGUCAUCACUGCUUAUGCAGUAUUCUACGAACUGUCUUCUCCUUGUUGAACCUGCGUGCCUUUCUGUUGGGGAAGUCCCACCAUACAGUAGUUUGAAGGUGUCACGAGUCUUGAGGGGGGGGUGGCUGACAGGUUUAAUAAAUAAAAAUAAAAAUAGUAAAGGACCUCUGAACAAACAAGCCAAUGUCCCAAGGUUGGAGAGGAGUAGACGGAGCAGGGCUGGGGUUGGUGUUCCCCACGGGAGGACAGUAUCUCUGCCUCGGGCCAAAAUGGGCGGAGGCUGAUGAGGUAGGAAGUGCGUGGCAAUGGGGGUUCAUUCCUUGGCCAGACAAGACUGGGAACGCCUCCCAGGCCAGGGAGAUGUGUCCUUGUGGGG